AUGGGGAAUUGCUUGAGAAGAAGUAAUAACAAGGUUUCAGCACAAGAUCAUGAGAAGCAUGAGGAAGCCAAUACCCUAGAAGCCAAAAAGACAGCACCAAUGCCAUUGCCAUCCAAUCUGAAGCUAAAGAGGAAGUCUGUGAGGUUUGAUUUGCAAGAAGAUGAAGAUAGCGGUAGAGGAAAUCUUGUUUCUGGUGAAUCUACUAAAAAUGGGGUGGUGAGAAUUAGACUGGUGCUGACUCAGGAGGAGUUGAAACAACUUCUGGAUUACAAGAAAGAUUCAAACCAUUCUUCUUUGGAGCAAUUGUUGAGUGCAGUGAGGAACAGAGGAACAAGGGUUUCUGAGAUUGGAACAAGCAAUGAUGAAAGCACAGGUAGUGGCUGGAGCCCAACUUUAGAGAGCAUUCCAGAGGACCAAGAUUGA